AGAACUCCGCUUCUGGUCAUUAUCUGGAACAUGGCGCUGUCUAGUGUAUUGCGGAGUGAGUCUGCGGAUUUCUCAGAUCGCUUUGACCGGCCUUUUGGGCACGGUUGUGGCAUCAACCAGACGGAUCUCGGCUUUGGAGACGCACUGAGUGAAAGUCUGAACUUUGCCGUGAAAACACUGGGUGAAGGGGAUGAACCGGAGAGAAAAAUCGAGUUUCUGCAUGGCACGACCACCUUAGCAUUCAAAUUUCAGCAUGGUGUCAUUGUGGCUGUGGAUUCCAGAGCUACAGCCGGCUCCUAUAUCGCUUCACAGACCGUGAAGAAGGUGAUUGAAAUCAACCCGUACCUGCUUGGCACUAUGGCAGGAGGAGCCGCGGACUGCAGCUUCUGGGAGCGCCUGCUGGCCAGGCAGUGCCGCAUCUACGAGCUGCGCAACAAAGAGCGCAUUUCAGUGGCUGCUGCCUCCAAGCUACUGGCUAACAUGGUGUAUCAGUACAAAGGCAUGGGCCUCAGCAUGGGCACGAUGGUCUGCGGUUGGGACAAAAGAGGGCCAGGGCUCUACUAUGUGGAUUCAGAGGGCAACCGCGUGUGCGGAGACCUGUUCGCAGUUGGUUCGGGUUCCAUGUACGCCUACGGUGUCGUCGACAGCGGCCUUCGCAACGACCUGUCCAUAGAGGAAGCCUGUGACCUAGGCCGCCGCGCCAUCUACCAAGCUACUUACCGUGAUGCCUACAGUGGAGGCCAAGUCAAUCUCUACCACGUCCACAGCGAGGGUUGGGAAAGGGUCUCUCAGGAAGACGUGCUUCAGCUGCACCUUAAAUACCAGAGCGAGAAAGCAUAGAGAGAGGGGUUGGAUGGAGAAAAGGGAUGAGGGAAGAGGCCACAGCAUCAAUUGAGUUUCAAAAGGAAGGGUGAGACUGGUCAGAUGAAGAAUGAAUAGCAGAUUACUGGUAUAACCUGAAAGGCACUUCAGUUAACUUAAUGAAAUCAAAUCGACUUCCAGGAAACUUAAUGCCAACUCUUUUGUAAGAGCUUGCUCGUCUGCGCAUGAGAAACUCAAGCAAAGCUGUCUCUCUCUUCCUCUCAUCUCUCUUUCUCUUGAAGUUAAGUAAUUUUCCGUUAUUUUUCUCACGUAUGUUAUUCGUUGAGUUGUCAGCCACAGUUUCAGUAGUAUUACAACCCCAUCCAUUGCAGUUCCACUUGUUGUUUGCGAUUUAUAAAAUAAGGGGGCGCUGCGUCCCAAUGGACACUAUGACAAGCCAAAACUCCUGUUGGCCAGCUCUCGCUGAGUGGGAGUGGGCUUCUGUUCUUCUCUUCUCACAUGUAUCUGCAGUUACCCACAGUUACUAAACCUACUCUCAAUAAAACCUUGAAAUUUUGCUA